UUGUCUGUAGCAGGUGGCGAGAGCAUUUAUGAUUCGAAUAGAACUAUAGAAAUUACUCGAAGUGUGUUGAUUUUGGAUGGAGAGGCGUCCAUUUCCUUCCCUCUAGAAGGUGAACAUGAGAACGAGAUUGCAAGUGCUCCGAAUAAAGAAUCACCUCCUAAAGGUGAAACUGAUAUACAACCAUGUUCAUCAAGCCAAGUCACACUCCAAGAAAAUUAUGAUUCUCAAACUAAAUGGAAGUCGUGGAAUCCUGCUUCAUUAAGAAAAAGGAAGCAACCAGCCUUAUGUAAACCAAAAGAAAAAAGGCCAUUUGAGAUGCUGGUGGAAACUAAACUGGAAG